AAAUGGCACGUAAAUUUUUCGUUGGUGGUAAUUGGAAAAUGAAUGGAACAAGAAAAGAAACUGAUGAAAUUGUUGCAUUUUUAAAAGCUGGUCCAUUGGAUCCAAAUGUUGAGGUUGUUGUUGGUGUACCAUCAAUUAAUUUGACUUAUGCAAAGAGUAUUUUGCCAUCAACAAUUGCUGUUAGUGCUCAAAAUUGUUACAAGGUCGAAAAAGGUGCAUAUACUGGUGAAAUAAGCCCAGCAAUGCUUGUUGAUAAUCAAAUACCCUGGGUUAUUCUUGGACAUUCUGAAAGACGUAAUGUUUUUGGUGAAAAUGAUGAGUUAAUUGCUGAUAAAAUUGCACAUGCCCUUGAGUCUGGUGUCAAGGUUAUUGCUUGUAUUGGUGAAAAAUUGGAAGAACGUGAAGCUGGUAAAACUGAAGAAGUUGUUUUCAGACAAACAAAAGCAAUUGCUGAUAAAAUAAAAUCAUGGGACAAUGUUGUUCUUGCAUACGAGCCAGUUUGGGCAAUUGGUACUGGUAAAACAGCAACACCACAACAAGCACAAGAAGUACAUGAUAAAUUACGUGCAUGGUUGAUUAAAAAUGUCAGUCAAAGUGUAUCAGAUUCAUUGAGAAUAAUCUAUGGUGGUUCAGUAACAGCUGGAAAUGCUCAAGAACUUGCAAAAGAAAAAGAUAUUGAUGGAUUUUUAGUUGGUGGUGCAUCACUUAAACCAGAUUUCGUCAAAAUUAUCAAUGCCAAACAAUAAUUCAUUUAUUUAUAUUAAAAUUAAUCAUUUAAUUUUUUGUUUAAUAAAUUAUCUUUGAAUUCCAACAAUUCAACAAUCCAAUUUGCACAAAAAAAUAUAUAAUUAAAAUUAAAUAGCUAUUUUUUUUUUCGUUUUUAAUUAUGUUCAUUAAUUGUGGGACAUUAUAGAACAAUUAAAAAAAAUAUUUCAAUGAUAAAAUUUUUGCUGUUAAAACAAAAUGUAAAUGAUUAAAUAAAAAGUUUAAAAUUUA